GUCUGGAAUGAUGGUGGGGAUUCGAAGUGGAGCUGGAGCUCAACCGCACACCCAAGACGAGAAUCUAGUCGAAGAGCAUAGACCUAAUCCCGAAAGCUCCGAAGACGACGACAACGAGGAAGGAAUUCCUCACACUUCACCGUCCAAAUCCACGAUUGACCCAACCAUAAGAUCACUCGACCACCGUCGAACUCUAAGCCAACAACCCGAUGACCAAUCGCUACAGACUAGGCAGUUUAAAAGACGAAGAAUUGGGUCUGUAACCAGUCUUGGAGAUGUCUUAAGUUCUACCAUAAACCCAGCUAGAGCAAGAAUUUCUCGAAAAGAAAGUUCCGGUUCAAGUCCCGAGGAUAUCUAUGUGCCCGCAGGGCUUGUGAAUAGCCUUAAUGCCGCACUGAGAAAGGGACUCGAAGGCUCGCAACCUGGGGUAAGCCAAGUAAAUGGAGAGACCAACGGGCGAGAUAACGGGUACGAUCACGCCGACCACGAUCAUGAAAAUAUCGAUGAACAAGAACAAGAAGAACAAGAAGAACAACAAGGCCAUGUCGUUGCGAACGCGUCUAGAGACGACGAAGCUAUUAGCGAGGAUAAUGCGGUUGACCGGCCAACAACCGUUUUAGAGCCAGAGCAUACCGUUCAAGAUAGCCUAGCAGAGGAUCAGGUUCAAGCGGAUGUAUGGGAUGUACCUGUUUCGCCAGAAAAAACACGAUCUCUCAAUCGUCCUGACUCGACUAGCUCCUCAAGAGAAUUGUCUCGGCAAGACGGGCGUACUAAGAGUCUUGCGUCGCGACAUUGUUCCGAGCCAAUCCCGUCUUCCCAACCAGACAGACGCAAGACCGAUAAAACCCUGCGAUCUUCAUCUCAAGGUGAUCGCGCCCCUUCAUUGGCGCCGGUACAAUCGGAGGGCGAAGCUGAGCUGCAGGAAGAGAUAGGGGAAGAUGUUGAAAGUGAUGAGACUUUCAAACACAUUGACGGGUCCUCUCAAAGCGAAGAAUAUCUGUCAGAUAUUGGCCUACCUACCGAGGAAAGCUUCGCUCGAGACGUCGCUAGCUUUAAAUAUCAAUAUCCCGAAGGGUUUGAAGGGGAUGAAACCUACGAAGGCCCUCCCGAAGACGAUAAAAUUGCUACGCAUAUUGAUUCCCAUAGGCUCAAAACGGCUCUUCAUCUUAUGCGCCACAAUGCUUGGGGUGGAUUUAGAAAGGGAUGGCGUCAGUGGUCUUUUGAUAUUAAUUCCCCAGAGACUAGAUCUGUUCGAGUUCUUCUCAAGUUACUGACGAAAUUUGAGAGACUACUUGCGAUGGUCCCAAGAGCACACCAACUUGUGGAGCAGAACAAAUUCUUGAACGAAUAUAGUAAUAUCCUCAGCUAUUACUUUUCGGAGAUCAAGUCUGUCCUCAAGUGCAUCCGAGAGAAACGCGAGAAGCAAGAAUCAGACAACACAAAACUACAUAGUGAUAUUAUCUCACACGCCAUACCUAUGUUGUUUCAUGUUUUAGCAUCUGCAUGGGAAUUAGGUGGCCAUGAUUGGAAACAUACAUCAUUCACAAUCUCUACCAUUGAGUUACUUAUGAGGACACUUGGUUGGAUUGGACUGGUGUAUCGUCCGCUGUUUAGAAGGCUGUCGCGACAGCCGCUUAAUUCACCAAAAGGCGAAUCAAAAACACGACGAGUCCAAAGGGAGAAACGAGAAGAGCUCGAGGAGAUUCGCAAAGAUUUAUGCCGAAUAACCGGAGAGGGUAUAGAUGCGCUUGGGCGAGAAGAGCAUCGACAAAAUCAGGAGCGUCAAAUUCAAGAAGAAAACUUGAUACGAGAGGAGGAGCUCAUGGCCCAGCGGAGGAAGGAAGAAGAAGCAAUGAUGAUAUCUAUCAGAGAACGUCAACGGAGGUCACUGCUUUCCAUUCGAGCCAUCCGCACGCCACUGUCGGAAUCGUCUAGGCCGUCCUCCAGGCAAAUGUCAUCAGUGCAUGAAGCACCACCACAAGAACCAGCUCAAGUACAAACAACCCAGUUACAGCCGUCUCGCCCGGAUAAUAACGACUGGUCCCUUGAAGAGAAGACGUUUCUCUUCAAGAAAAUACAGGAAUCCUAUCCUGAUCUGGUGGACCUAGACGAUGUUAGAUGGGAAAUUAAUAGAACCCUCGAGGAGACAGAGGCUAUGGCAGAAGAGCUUUUGGGACUGAUGCUAAAAGCUGUACAUCCAGACCAAGCUGUGGCAGACAGAGAUGCACAUAUUCAUGAAAUUAUGCAGGCUUACAGGCGUACCUGGGGACACGAGAGAUGAAUGACUUUGCUGAAUGAGACAUCAUGAUACCUGGGUGCGAUAUUUACAUGUUAUAGCUACACAGAUUCUAAACUUGAAUUAUAUGAUCAACUGCAGUAUUUUCUGGGGAAGUUGAGCUACUA